CUAAUCUUAAGAUUUUCUACUUCAUUUACAACAAACAACAAAUAAAGGACAACCCUUCGGUUUAAAAGAUCUUUGGAGACAGCCGCCAUGGGUGACUCUUCCGCGUCAUAUAUUCAUAUGGUGCAUCAUCUCAUAGAGAAGUGUUUGAUCUUUAACAUGAGCAAAGAGGAAUGCAUUGAAGCCUUGUCUAAACAUGCAAAGAUUGAAUCGGUCAUCACUUCAACUGUGUGGAACGAGCUCGAAAAGGAGAACAAGGAAUUCUUCGAGGCCUACUCCCAAUCUCAAAGGAAAGAAGACAAGAUGUCGGAGGCCGAGACUAACGAGUUGAUCAUGAAGAUGAUAACCGAAUCAUCCAAAGAUCUAGACAAGUAAUGCAUGCACCCCUAUCGAUUCCCUAAGAGAACAUAAAAGUCCCAAAUUGAUUCUUAAGUCUCAAAAUGGGGUAGCUAGAAAAUGAUUAUCAUAAUGAUCAUGAAAUAAACUGAUGACUGUUCCAAAACAAUUUGCCAUAUAUAUAUAUAUUUUGUUUUUUUUUAUAAAUGAUUCGGUUUGUAAA